AUGAAUGGCAGCACGUCAACUCCCCACUACGGUCCCGAUGAGGAUGCCAUGACGAUCUUCCUUGAACGCGGCUUCCUGGCCAGCGACCUUCUCACAGGUCUGGGUUACGGCGUUCAGCUCGUACUCUAUGGCGCAUGCGCGCGCCACCUAUGGACCCAGCGGCAUACGAAACGACACUCACUCUUCCUUCUCGCCUAUACCUCUGUUGUUCUCAUUGUGGAAACCAUCUUCGUCGCGGUGCAGGCGCGGGAUAUUCAGCUCGCCACACUAUUUGUCAUCACUUUCUUGAGUGACGCUCUCGUAUUGUGGAGGUGCUGGGUCAUCUGGCAGUCCCCAUGGCAAGGCCGCUGGGUGGUCUACUUCGCCGUCUCAAUCCCGUUCUUGAUGCCCAUUACCUCGUUCGCCAUGGGCACGCUUUGGGCGCUGGAAUCAUCACAGCCUGACUGGACCAUCUAUUCGGCACUGCCGUGGGCGUUUGGGAUUUCUUACUUUACCAUCUCACUCUCGACCAAUGUGAUCCUUACCCUCCUUAUCAUCGGUCGCUUACUCCAGUAUCGAGCAAGCAUCAUGUCCAGCUUGCUGGCCUCAUACGCGAAACACUAUCUCUCGCUCGCAACCAUACUGAUUGAGAGCGCGGCGCUCUACUCGAUCCUCGCCGUCUGCUUCCUCGUAUUAUACGCUGUCAACAAUGGGAUUGACUAG